GGGGCGGAGGACGUUCGUGGGUAGUUCGGCUGGUCCCGCCAGAGAGCGAGGCGCCCGCCGGUAACGGUCGUCCGGGCGAGGGGCUGGAGGGAGAGGGAAGCGCUUUAAAUGAUGUUUUGAAGCAGCGAGAGCUAGACGCGUCGGCGACCAGGUGUCGCCACUUCCCGCUGCCGGGGGCUCGGCGUCCAGGUCCUUCGUUUCCACGCCCCCUCCCUUCCCGGCCCUCUCCUCGGGAGCCGAGCGACGUUAAGAGGCGGCUGCGGCGGACCGGGCGGCCGCUGCAGCCCGGCGGUGGCGAAGGAGGGGGCACAAAGCCGGCUGCGCUGCGAGAGAGGAAGACUUGAGACAUGAGUUCAGACACCAGCCCGGCUGUGGUUACCACUCCUCCUCCUCCCAGCAUGCCUCACAAAGAGAGGUAUUUUGACCGAAUCAAUGAAAGUGAUCCAGAGUACCUUCGAGAGAGGAACAUGUCUCCUGAUCUACGACAGGACUUCAAUAUGAUGGAGCAGAGGAAGCGAGUCACUCAGAUCCUGCAGAGUCCUGCCUUUCGGGAAGACCUGGAAUGCCUCAUUCAAGAACAGAUGAAGAAAGGCCACAACCCAAGCGGCUUAUUAGCGUUACAGCAGAUUGCAGAUUACAUCGUGACCAGCUCCUUCUCGGGCUUUUCCUCACCUCCCCUGAGUCUUGGCAUGGUCACACCUAUUAAUGACCUUCCUGGUGCAGAUACGUCCUCAUAUGUGAAGGGAGAAAAGCUUACUCGCUGCAAACUUGCCAGCCUGUACAGACUUGCUGAUUUGUUUGGGUGGGCACACCUGGCAAAUACGUACAUCUCGGUACGGAUAAGUAAGGAGCAGGACCACAUUAUACUAAUUCCCAGAGGCCUGUCUUUCUCUGAAGCUACAGCCUCUACCUUGGUGAAAGUCAACAUAAUUGGAGAAGUGGUGGACCAGGGGAGCACUAAUCUGAAAAUCGACCACACAGGGUUCAGCCCGCAUGCUGCCAUCUAUUCAACACGCCCCGAUGUGAAGUGUGUGAUCCACAUCCACACCCUUGCCACAGCAGCAGUGUCCUCCAUGAAGUGUGGGAUCCUUCCAAUUUCCCAAGAGUCUCUCAUCCUGGGAGAUGUAGCCUACUAUGACUACCAGGGAUCGCUUGAUGAAGAGGAAGAAAGAAUUGAACUUCAGAAAGUGCUGGGUCCAAGCUGUAAGGUGCUCGUCCUCAGGAACCAUGGCAUGGUGGCUCUUGGAGAGACCCUUGAGGAGGCUUUCCAUUACAUCUUUAAUGUACAGAUGGCCUGUGAGAUCCAGGUGCAGGCAGUAGCAGGGGCAGGGGGAGUAGACAAUCUGCUCAUACUGGAUCUUCAGAAAUAUAAAGCUUUCACCCACGGUGUCGCCAUGUCUGGAGGAGGCGGUGUAAAUAUGGGUUCCCAUCAGAAGUGGAAGGUUGGCGAGAUUGAGUUUGAAGGGCUGAUGAGGACCCUGGACAACUUGGGUUACAGAACAGGCUAUGCAUACAGGCAUCCUCUAGUUCGAGAGAAGCCUAGGCACAAGAGUGAUGUGGAGAUCCCAGCAACCGUGACUGCAUUCUCCUUUGAAGAUGAUAGUGCUCCACUCUCUCCCCUCAAGUUCAUGGCACAGAGACAGCAGCGCGAAAAAACAAGAUGGCUGAAUUCACCGAAUACUUACAUGAAAGUGAAUGUGCCGGAGGAGUCUCGGAACGGGGAAACUAGUCCCAGGACCAAAAUCACGUGGAUGAAAGCAGAAGACUCCUCUAAAGUUAGUAGUGGAACACCUAUCAAAAUUGAAGAUCCCAAUCAGUUUGUUCCUUUAAACACAAACCCGACUGAGGUGCUAGAAAAGAGAAAUAAGAUCCGGGAACAGAAUCGCUAUGAUCUGAAAACAGCAGGCCCACAGUCUCAGCUGCUGGCAGGGAUCGUUGUGGACAAGCCGCCUUCGACCAUGCAGUUUGACGAUGACGAUCAGGGCCCACCAGCUCCUCCUAACCCAUUCAGCCAUCUCCUGGAAGGAGAACUUGAAGAGUAUACGAAGACAAUCGAGAGAAAGCAGCAAGGCCUGGACGAAAACCACGAGCUGUUUUCCAAGAGCUUCCCCUCCAUGGACGUGCCAGUAAUGAUCGUGAACGGCAAGGACGAGAUGCACGAUGUGGAAGAUGAGCUUGCUCAGAGAGUCAGUAGGCUGACCACAAGCACGACCGUAGAGAGCAUCGAGAUCACCAUUAAGUCCCCAGACAGAACUGAAGAGGUCCUGUCGCCUGAUGGCUCACCUUCAAAGUCGCCCUCCAAGAAAAAGAAGAAAUUCCGCACACCUUCUUUUCUCAAAAAGAACAAAAAAAAGGAGAAAGUUGAGGCCUAAGCAGUCCUUUUGUAAUUUGUAUAUUACACUGUGGCAUUGCACAGUUAAAUACCAUAUUUUAGUUAAUCGUUACUAUAUGGUGGUAGGUCAGAUUGGGAGUGUGUAGCAAACUGGACUUUAAAAAACUGGAAAGAGGUUUUACUAAAAGAAAAAUAUUAUUAAAAACUUUCAAAUUCAUCUCUUUUUAUAUGUCCAGAAACGGCUGAGCUUUUCAGCAGUGGCUGGAUUGGCUUACUCUGCCCCGCAGAGCGCUGUUACUGUUGCUCGUUAGCAGAUGCCGCCUGGUGCUUCAGGCCUCUGCAGUACAUCUGUUGGAAAGGAGUUGCCAGUGAACAGAGAGAAUGUUUACUGUCACCAGCCGCGUCACUGGCUAGCCAGACUGAGUUUAUCAUGGUUAUUGACUGUAUCUUUGGGUACCCACUGUUUCCAUGGGCAUUAAUGGAUUCUUUUAAAAGCUUCUACAAGACUCUAGAGCAUUAGUAUACAUUGGCACAUAAUUUUUUUAAAUGUUUUAAGAAAAGAUUUGUUUGGGUUUUUACUCAUAGUAUGAAAUUCCCCUACCUGAAGUAACUGUUUGCCAAAAAGUCAUUUUAAUAAACUAUAAUUUUUGAAGAACUUCCUUUUUUAUUAGUUUAGAAAACCCCUUAUUUUUCAUAAAGGGGAUUUUGUACACAUAAUAUGAGUUAUUUAGUUUAACUCUUACAAAAAAAAACAAUUUUUGUAUGUUAAAACGUUUGUAUACCUUCAGUAUCAGGUGUCAUGUGCAUGUUAGCCAAUCAGUUAGGGGUAAAGCCUGCCUGCGUGCCAUCCAGGAGCCCAGAGGUGUGGCACCCGAAGGGCAUAUCAAGGCCUGGAGUCGGAUUUGAACCAUAUAAUGUAUUUUUCUCUUAGUAUUGCUGAUGGAUGAAGAGGUUGAGGGGAAGGGGAGAGUAAGGGACAGGACUGAGUCCUGUGUCUACAGUAGAAAGAACAUGGAGAUCGACUUACUGAAAAUAAGGCCCAAAUUUCUAAAAUCCUGUUUCCUGCCAAAAUCAAUGUCUUAGUUGACAUUUGAAUUUUAAAAAUAGUUAAAGUGUACAUCCUUUUAGAAGAUGACACUAGAAUAAAUCAGCAGGUCUAAUCCCACCAGCAAGAAAACUACCACGUCUUGAUUUUUGCAAAUAAUCUUGAUUUUUAUAAACUUAAAUUUUCUUUUAACUUCCUUUCUACUGUAAAUACAAAUUUAAACCUAGAUUUAAUAUAGUUUUCUCCAUUUUCCCAAGUAAUGUCGCAGAUCAAUGUAAAUGGAUGAUCCCAAUCCUCCAUGAGUGGAAGUAAAGUGCCCUGUGGGGGACUUGGCAUGCAGACGUGACGUUGGCCGCAGUGCUCUCUGGGCUGGUUCUGUCUGACUGUGUGAUUGAUGCUGGUCCUCUUAGAUCUCACUAACUACUGGAGCCCUGUUAAUCUCGUAGUGGAAACUUUGAGUUGCUGAAGUGUGCAUCUGAGGGUUGUUUUAUGUUGUACAUCAUCUUUGUGUAUUACAACAUGUGGAGACACAGUAACCUGUGAACUAUCCUUUUCCAUAACUUUUAAAGAAUAUAUAUCUAAAUGAAUGCAAUGUGCAUCAAUAUUUUUUAAACACAACAGUAAACUAUUGCACCUUUUCGCUAAUGCUUCUCUUUACUUGGUUUGACAUAAUGAAUGAGCCAGUGAACUCAGUGUCCUGUGGAAAAUGUAUAAAAGUUAUCUGAUAUUGCUCUUAGAUGUUAUGCUAAUUAAUGUUAAAUCACAAUAAACGGUAUUUUAAAUAUAUGCAUUUGGUAUAAUGAGGUUUCCAUUCAGGAGUGGUUUCCUAGGUUAGACUUUGUGACCUGCCAAACUUUAAUGUGAAACAGUGAAGUGAUAAAAUUGUCCUCUGAGUUAAAGGGUCUUGAUAAGCUUGUUUUCAAUUUAGUUAAAAGUUCAUAUAUAUAUAUAGGCUUAGUGGCACAUGUCUUUAAUCCCAGUACCCUGGGAGCAGAGUCAGAUGGAACUCUGUGAGUUCCAGAACA